AUGGAUUGGCUAAGUUUAUACAAGGCUAGGAUAAACUGUGAGAUUCAGAAAGUGAGCCUAAGGAACCCUAUUGGGAAAUCAAUAUCAUAUAGGAGUUUUGAGAAGUCCAAAAACUUUGGGGUGAUCUCUGCGAUGCAAGUAAGGAAGUUGGUCAAGAAGGGGUGUGAAUUAUUUUUCUGUAGUGUCCAGGAUGUAAGUAAAGAAGUUGGGGUGAAGAUAGAGGAUGUCCCAAUUGUUAAUGAAUUCAUGGAUGUAUUUCCGAGUGAGAUUUCGGGUAUGCCACCUGCUAGAGCCCUUGAGUUUACUAUAGAGUUGAAUCCCGGAACGUCACCCAUAUCCAAGGCACCUUAUAGAAUGGCACCUCCAGAAAUGAGUGAGUUGAAAACCCAAUUGCAAGAAUUGUUCGACAAGGGGUAUAUUAGACCUAGUGCAUCACCAUGGGGAGCUCCAGUAUUGUUUGUCAAAAAGAAAGAUGGGAGUAUACGGUUAUGUAUCGAUUAUAGGGAGUUGAACAAUAAUGUGCCUGAUAUCCGGAGUUUCCUAGGCCUAGCUGGUUAUUAUAGGAGAUUUGUGAGAGAUUUCUCAAAGAUAGCAAGACCCAUGACCAAUUUGAUGAAUAAAGAAUCAAAAAUAGAGUGGAGUGAAAAAUGUGAGGAAGAUUUCCAAAUUCUAAAAGAGCGUUUAACCUCCGCACCUGUUUUGACCUUGCCUGAUGGGAAUGAAGGGUUUGAGUACCAUGAGGGGAAAGAAAAUGUUGUUGCUGAUGCACUGCGUAGGAAAUCGAGCCAUAGUAUGAAUGUCUUGGUAGUUCCUGAGGAGUUGUGUCGAGAUAUGCAGAGACUUAGCUUGGAAAUGGUGAAUCCUAGGGAGACCAAAGCAAGAUUUAGUGCAUUAUCAUUGGGGUUGUCCAUACUCGAGGAGAUUAAAGAAAGUCAAGAUGGGGAUGAAUACUUAGAGAAGAUCAAAGAAAAGAUGGGGCAAGGGAAGGAAGUAGAUUUCAAGAUUCAUGAUUAUGGUAGUUUGAGAUCAAAGAAUGGGAAUGAUACUAUUUGGGUGAUUGUGGACCGUAUAACAAAAUCAGCCGUGUUUAUUCCAAUUAAAGAGACAUGGAAAAAGAAACAGCUUGCAAAGACUGACAUUAAGCAUGUAGUGAGGUUGCCUGGGGUCCCAACCGAUAUUAUUUCAGACCGUAAUUCAAGAUUCCUCUCAAAAUAUUGGCAAAAGGUCUAG